AUGGAAAAAUCUAAGAAUUUUGUCGAAACGAAGUCUUUUCUGACUCUUAUUACGAGAUCUGUGGUUAAAGUUGUUCUCGCUCAAGAUGGACGAGAUGAUUUUGUCUUUGAGUUCACUCUAAAUUCAUACAACAAAGAAAGACGACGCGCAAUCUACCAUCCCACAAAAUCAACAGACUAUUUCCUGGCAUACGCAAGUAGAGUAGACAAACCACAGAUCAUCAGCGUGACAUUUCACCCAGGAACAGCAAAGAGACGGUUUAAGAAAUCAAAAAAUGCGUCGGCGACACCAUCGAAAGAUUGUAUCAAUCUUUUACACUACGCAAUUCAAUUUGACGCAAUCGAAGAAAAAUAUCAAUCGACAAUCCGACCAAGUGACUCGUGGAGUCUAUCGAUGGGUGUAACGAAAAAUAAUCUGUUAGAUUUCUCGGAUUAUUUUCGAUGGGUGCGAGCGAUACAGUUUGAACUUUUGGUGGAUGAAAAAUUGUUAUUGAAAGUUGAUGAGUUAAAGAGUGAGCGAAGAUGUAAUAGGAAGAAGGGGAAAAAUUGGAUUUCCAAGGUUGUGUGUGGUGCAAAUUGA